CUUAGCAGCAGCUAUCAUGCAGCGAUCACAUCUGGAAGCCGCACUCUUACUUGGGAUUGUUAUUCCUCAGAUAUUCAGCAUCAGCAUGUCAGCUCUGCCUUCUGACUGUUGGACUUCUCUGGAUACCUGCAUGUCAAAUUUAUGCAAGAGUGAACUGGCAUUUAACGGCGGCAUCUGCAGGGGUGAAGGGUGCCAAAUAAAAGGCUCAGAGGUCUGUAACAUGACCAUCCAGACCGCACUGGACCAAUUUCCCUCUCUGCAAGGGUGUGUGUGUGCCUGGGAGGAGGAGCUGUGCGACUCCAUGCAAGCGCUGGCUGCACAAUGCCACAGAAAGCCAGCAGCUCAGCAGAAGAGGAACGCAGCGACGGACUGGCAGUCAAGCAGUUUGAUUGGCUACGUAUACGAUGGGGCUGGAUCCUGCUUGGACCAAAUGACAGUGUGUGUCAGUGAUGCAGUUUGCAACAGGUACCUCGCACCUGUUCUUCAGGCCUGCAUGGCAGAGCAGUGCGACCAUGAUCGCUGUCAGCGACAAACCCAGCGGUUCUAUGGCAGCAUGCCGCACAACGUCGCGGAGAUGCUGGUCAUGUGUGAGUGUGAUGCUUCGGAUCAGAGCUGCCUGCACAUGAAAACUGCUCUGCACAGCGGCACAUGUGGAGACGAGACCCGGAUCUGCCAGGACACAGUUAACCAGUGUGCUGAGGACAGUCACUGCAGAGACCUGUUGAAAACUUUCCGGACCAAAUGCUGGAGCUCCGAGGACGCACAAUGCAGUGAUAUUGACCUCCAGAAAGAUGAAUGUUUCACCCAGAUGGAUCCAGCUCUCAUCCUUGGUGCAGAGUCUGAAUGUAAAACAGCCUUUUUGGCCACUUUGGGCACAGCACUUCACUAUCCUUGCACAUGCAAAGGAGUGCACAAUGAUGAUCUACUGAAGUGCAACAUCAUUCAUGACGUACUCCAUAAUAGAUCACACUUCGUGACUUCUUGGAAAAGCAGCAGUGGUCCCUCCAAACCUCCUGACAUCAACCAGUCUGAGCACGGUCACGCAUGGUUACAUGAUUAUCUACUGUAUGCUUUCACUACUGUGCUACUUGCUGGAGUUGUUAUAUUAAUGCCUCUGGCUGUUGUCAGUAGAAUAUGGAUGUUGAGAAGAAGAGAUAAAACAAAAUUUCACCAUCCACAGAAAAGCAAUUGUGUUGUUAUUCUCUGAUCUUCAUUCAUCCAUUAAAUGUCUGUAAUCCAGAUUGAUUUAAAAAGAUUUCAGAUUAUUAUAUUUAUGAGAUGUCUUAGAGUUUACUGUGUAAAUAUCAGGGUUUUUUUCACAAUAUUGAUACGAAUUUACAGUAUAUUAAAGAUACAGCAUUGUGAGAUAUACAGCAGAUAUAUUCCAUGCAUGUCUUUUGUAGUCUUGGUAACAGAUGAUGAUGUUGCUAUAAGAGUACACAGAGAUUGGUUGAUUGGUUGGUGUAACCAAUAUUUUUACAGUUAUAAAU